CUGAGACGCCGAAGCCAAUGAGAAGGCGCGAUGUUGACGGGUCAUAAGAUGGCUGCCGGGACGCCGGUUCUUGACCGCUCCAGUUGAUGGGCAUGUCAGCAGGCUAGACAUCCUACGCCGGAAUCUGUCGCACUUAGUUUUCUGUGUCCGGGAGGGGAUUCUCCCCAUUUGGGGAUUGGAGUGUGGCACUGCCGCCGGAGAGCCUGCGGAGUUCCGGGUUGUGCAGCCAAGCAGGAAAAGGUGUACCUUUAUAGAGCCACCCUCUUGCAAUCUUGAACCUUAAGAAAAGAUGUGGAGUGGGCUGCUACCUUCUGGCCUAAAUGAAAGUGAUGUUGAGUCGAAUUCUGAAGAUGAAGCCAUAGUAGAGGACUCUGGACCUAGCUUACAGGAAGAUAAAGAUGAUGGAACCAUUAGAAACAUAGAAAUCUCAGAUUUCCCAACAAAUGGAUCAGAAAUUGAAACAAAGGCAAAUGUCAAUGCAUAUGAAGAGUGCCCUUCUGGAAUUCCCUUAAAUAUGUGGAAUAAAUUUCAAGAACUGCACAACAAACAUUCUGAACAGAAAAGCUCAACCUCAAGAUUCAGAAGGAAAAAAAGAAAACGCUCCAGAAAAGAUACACUGAAGAAUGAAAAAGAAUCUCAUAGUGAACAGUCCUCAAAUGAAACCCAGUGGAAGGAACUUACUCAGUAUUUUGGAGUCAAUGAUAGAUUUGAACCACCUGUUAAAAGGAAAAAAGUUGAGAAGUCAGGCCUUGAAAAGAGGAUAGACCAGGCUGUGGACGAGUGGAAUAUUGAGAAGGCUGAGGAACUCAGCAACCAGCUAGCUACUCGAGAGCUUGGUGUAAAAAUUGCUAAAGCAAUUGCCUGCCACAACUUCGUAAAAGCCAAAAAGGAGGCUGAAAAUUCACAGGCUGCUCGAAAAAAGAAGAAACUUGCAUGGGGAUUUGAAGCAAAGAAGAGAUGGGAAACCAAAAGCAACAUGGGAUAUAUGUAACUUGUCAGAGUUCUUCAAGAGAUUUGUAGACUCAAGUGCUCAAUUUACUGAAAAGAUUUUUCUGCUUAUGUUAAAUAUGUCAGGAAAUUGAUAGAAGUAGAAAAAAAUCAGCAUAAAAUUUAGAAGUUGAUUAUCAGCUCUUUUCAAUCUUUCUCUAAGGAAUUCAUCCUAUUGAAGUGAAUAAAAUGAAGCAUUCUGUUAUUUGUAUGAAGAAAUCUAAGAAAAAAUAUAGAAAAAAAGGAUGGGAUUUUAUUUAUUUGUAUAGACCUACAGUAUAAAAUCAAUUUUGCUUUUUAUCCAUUUGGUAUAGCAUAGCCAGUGAGCUCCUUGUACUUUUCUUAUCUGUACUUGGUUUAUAACUGCACUUUUACUGGAAUUGUGUUUUUAAGAUUGGCAAGUAUUUAUAAUGGAUUAGUCAUAAGUGCAGAAACAUCUCAAUUGAUACUGUCUAUACAAAUGAUUUUAAUUACUUUAAUGUUAUAAAAGUAAUUAUCGAUUUUCUAUUGGAGGCAAUAGAAUUGAUAUUUCAAAAUUAUAUAGUAAAAGCAAUUUUUGUGUAGAUAAAAUAUUACAAUAAAAAGGGGACAGAAUGUAGUAUUUGGAGGAUGAUUUAAAUUGAGCUUUGCCUAGAAAUAUCUUCCUAAAUAUCUUUCUUGGCUAUAUCAUUCUUUAAUUUAUGAGUUGGUUCUUAGAAGAGAAAAUGGUAUAAUUGUAUUCAACAGACAAUUUAACUCAAGAUACUAUAACUUUGAACCUUCUAAGACCUCAUUUGUUUUUACUCCUCUUUCCCACUACUCCUUAAAAGAUGGAAUGAAUUAAUAAGGAGAAAGGGAGGAUUGGUACUCUACGAAUUAAUUUUUGUUAGAUGUGUGUGCUUCAUGGUCUUCUUUGGAAGGAGCAUAGAGGAGUAACCUGACAAGCUGGUAGAGAAGACCAGAGUUGGAUGUUUUAGCACCUCCCUACUCAGUGCUCAGUAGAAGUAGAGAACUACCUACUGUGGUUUUCAUCACCUCCUUUCCUCAUCCUUUGUUAGGGGUUUUCUAGCUGUCUGAUGUAAACUUUCUCUGUGUUGAUAAUAUAAAUUCAGGAACAUAUAAAAUGAGACAUGAUCAUAAUUAUAUUACUGUUAUUUUUAGACUUAAAACAGUAACAAAAUUUUAUCAAUUAAAUGAUAAAACACAUUAAAACACAGAAAAAACACAUUUAAUGUUUUUUCUGUGUUCCGGAAUAAGUGAAUACCUGGUUGCUAUUUAGGAGUCUAAAAAUCAUAUGUUAUUUCCAUUUAAUUGAGAAAGACAGCCUAGAGAAAUCAAACUUUUAGGAGAUUGUGUCUCAUACUAAUUCAUUAUGAAAAGGUAUCCAGACCUCCAAGAUAAGCUUGGAAAAUCUUAUAUUUUAUGAUUUAAAAUUCCCAGUUCCAUUUUAUGGAUACAAUCAUGUACAGUUUACCUGCAAUAUCUACUUCCGACUGCUAGUAGGUAAAUAUAAACUUACAGGAACCUUUCCUGUCAAAGUCUUUUAUUGAGAAAUAUCUACUAUACUGUCCAGUGGUUUUGUCUGAAACAUUAAAAAUGUUAUUUUUGAGCAGGUGAGUCCUAUAGAUAUUCUCACCAGUGGGGCCCGACACAGGCAUUUCCCUUGUGCCUCUACCUCAUUUUUCUUUUCCCAUAUCCACUGCUUAGAGCGCCGAGUGACAUACCUGCAGACACGUUUCGCUAUUCAUGCGGAGGCCUUCCAGAGUGGCCUCCUGUAGGGUCUGUAAUGGGAGCCUGCCCUGCCACGGAAGCUCUUCUUCAGCCCACUCCAGUGCCAGGAUUGCUUCUUCAGCACCUUACCCAGGGUUCUCAUGUAGAGGAGAGAUUUCAGUUGAGUGGAAGGCAUUGUGGUGGAAUCUGAUGUAGCAGGGGACCCAUUUGAUAAGGGAGGAUACGUCUCCUAAGUCCCCACUUUUGGGGGGUCAUGGGUUGUGGAAAGCUAUACAACAUUAUGACACAGCAGAAGAGAAGGGGUGGGAGCAAAGGAUUUGGGGGAGAGGAAGGGGCAGGUUGUCUUGGGUUGGCCCUGCCAGCAUAUCAUUUGAGACCAGUUUUAUUUGAUCAGCUUUAAUGUGAAUUAGACAUUUUACUCAUUAAAGCAAUAAAAUGGGAACAUUAUUCCUAGAGUACCUGUGUUGCCUAAAGGGUAUAGUCAUUUGUCCUCUGCGUUCUGGUCACGGGAAAAUAAAGAUUCUUUUUGGAUCAGUAAUAACUUCAGUUCCUGAAGCUUUAACAUGUGCAUUUACUACCACCAGAAUGCCUGAAUUAGAUUAGUAAUGUAAACGUCAGUUAUUGUUAACUGAGAUUAAUAUGUUUCAGGCCAUCGGUAUGGCAUUAAUGUAACUGUGAUUUACUAUUUAAGUACUUCAGGCUAAAACAACUUACUAAAGAACAGUAAUUUUGAGCUUUACAGUACUGGUUUGGAGAAGUGAAGUUGGCAGUGCAUUCUUGUUUGGUAGCCCUCAGGAUAUUUCUGAUUUUCAGCAGAACAUUCUAUUUCUUUUACCAAAAGGAGAACUUGAAUAUAUAAUCUUAGGUUUGCUAUAAUUAGGUCUGAUGACAGAGUUAAAUACCUCCGCCAAGAGUAUAAAUCAGUACCUAAACAGGUUUCUGUAACUGAUCAUAAAUCUUAAAACUCCAUAUUUUAAACACUUAUUUUUUUAGGCAGACAGAUAAGGGAGAGGGAGGAGCAUGCCCAGGACAAGAACAAAAUGUUAUCUGAACUUUAAGUAACAGCUUAGAACCUCACAUUUAAAAUCUGAUUUUUUUCUUUAUAUCUUUUAUCUAAAAUAUUAUCUUUUAGUUAUUUUAAUAACUUAUAGUAACUUCAAUAAGAUACAUUUUAAUUCUGAAAAUAUGAAGAUACAAUCUAAAUUUUUAGAUGUUAGGUAAAGGUAUAUCUUGCAAACUGAAAAAUACUGUACGAGGUUGACGUUUAAAUAAAAUGCAAAUUGUGUGUUAUUUUUUAAGAGAUACUAGGGGAAGCAAGCUGAUGUUAUGUCAGAUCCCAUUUUGGAAAAUUAACUUAGUGAAGCCUAGUAGUCAAAUUCAGAACCCACUGAAUUCAAGAUUUUCCAUGUUGGCAGAAGUCGCUUUUAUUUUUAGUAUCUGGCAGAGCAACAAAUGCUUUGCAUGUCAACUUAAUAUUUUUUCAAGCCAACUGUUUAUUCAUUGGCUUAAAAUUUACACUCUACUAAAGUCUUAGCUCUGACUUUCAUGAAACAAAUAGAAAUAUUUGGACAAAAUAUGUACAUUAAAAUCUUUUUCCAAAACCAAAUGUAGAUUGGCAUUUGUGGCAUCAGUGCCUUCUAACAUGGUAAUGGUCUGAAAGUACUUUGAAAAGUCUAAGGCAUUUUACACCCACAGCAAUGCAUUUCAAGUAAUUUUUAUUAUAAAAUAAUCAUAACAUCUUUCUAGAAUUGCAAAUUUAAAUGAGCCAGAGUCUUUAUGCUAGAAAGUAGAGUAUGUGCUAGAGUAAGUUUCAAUGAACUAUCGAGAUAUUUUUAUUACUGUAUAUUUGUUCUUGACCUUUGUUGCAUACUGAGACAAUAAGGUCUAUUUUUCAUUUUUGAGGUUGGGGUACUCUGUAGAUACUGAUAAAAUGAGCAGAAGUUCAUUCUGUGGUCUUUAUUAUUGUAGCCUCCUUCCAUACUACUCACCUUAAAUGGAAAAAAAAAAUGCACAUUUCUUAGUGAAUAGCUGGAAUAAGCACAGAGACUCCCUGGGAGGGGAUUCUUGCCUUCAUUAAGGGACGGGGCAGCAUGUGGCCGAGGAUGAUUGCCAUGAGGAAACUUAGGAGUCGAACCGUUUUGCUGUAGUCUUAAAAUUAAGUGUGUCUCCCCUUUAGCAGUAUCUCCUACUCACUUAUGAGUACUCUGGAGGUAUGUGUUCACUUUGCUGGAAUUUCUUUACAUACAGUAGUACUGUCAGAGUAGCUUCUUGCCACAUUGGCUUUUGUGAUCUUAAUCCCUGAAACACAAUUAUAGGCUUCUAGGGGUACAGUUUAUUAAAUGCCAUGCAGUAUGCAGUGUUUUCACAUGUGCUUAUAAAAUCAAGAAUUAGCUGAGGGAUAAUUAUCUUUUUAUUAGUAUUGGUAACUUGUUUUUAGAUUCAAGUAGAAAAAACAUAAAAUUUUUCUAAGAAAGAUGGCAUUUUUAAGAAAGUAAGUUUAAGUGCAUGUAUUUUAUAUCCAGACUAGGUUUCUUAAGGAAACACAGAAUACAAAGGAAUGAAAAGGGAAGGGAAGGUAGUGCCCUAGAGAGGCCUCGGCUCGUAAGUGGUCCUCUGCCAGGUUUCCCCUGUGCCUGCUCACUGGCACCGUCCUGGCAGCUCCAGCCCACACCUCCUCCUGGGCUCAUGGGCUGCCUCCUGCUGAAUUGCUGCAGGGGCCUGCUGUGUGACAGGUAUGGAAUGAGGUCAUCUUUUUCCACCUCUAAUUUCUGAAGGGUGUGUCUGUCCAGUUAUUACUUGUUCACUGAACUUAAAGCUUUAGAAAGUAACAGCUACGGUACAAGCUGUAAUUAUUGAUGUCUGUUUCAUAUUCAUCUGUAAGUUUUGGCAUUUGAUCAAGAAGUUAAUAUAUCACUUCAUCUUCAGGCUGAAUGCCUCAGCUGUAAAGGUUUUAUUGUUUGAUGGAUAGCAUAUAAUUAUGACUGCCCAGAAUAAAAAGUGUUCUCAUUUGUAA